UUGGCCGACAGCUCCCAAGAUAACCGGCGACGAGCAUCAUACCCGGCAGUUUGGCCAUACAUUCUCACUUCUUUCAAUUCUCCGCUGCAAGAAGAGCUCCCAAGCAAGAGAAAUUUCUCAAGUAAUUCACAGAGAUUAGUAUUUUAGAUACGUAAAAUCCAACUAAAAAAUUGUAUGCUUCAAUUUGUAGAAAUAUCUAUAAAGAGGGUAGGAGAUUAACGUUUCAGAGAAACUGCUGCAGGAUGGAAACGCAGAUACAUGUGCCUAUCGGGUCGCCAGUAAUUAGAAAAAUUCCUAUUUUCGUGGACGAACACAUGGUGACGGAGGGGGCGAUGAAGCUCAUUAAAGAGCUGAGACCGGCGUGGGACUCCAACAGUGUGAAGACGAAGCUCUUCACUGAUGGAACCACCAACAAACUCAUGGGCUGCUACGUGGAUGAAAGUCUUGAGGAUGUGGUCCUGGUCCGGGUGUACGGGAAUAAGACAGAGCUGAUUGUGGACAGAGAUAAUGAGCUCAAAAGCUUUCAGGUGCUACACGCUAAUGGCUGUGCUCCCCGUCUCUACUGCACCUUUCAAAAUGGCAUCUGCUAUGAGUUCAUGCAAGGAGACGCCCUCGGGCCGCAGGAUGUCAGGGAUCCUACCUUACUCAGAUUGAUAGCCAGGGAAAUGGCUCGCAUCCAUGCCAUCCACGCACACAAUGGCUGCAUCCCGAAGCCCAACCUUUGGAUCAAGAUGCGGAAGUACUUCUCCCUCGUGGCCACAGAGUUCACCGAUCAAGCCUCCAACGCCAGAAUCCAGCAGGAGGUUCCCAGUAAGGCGGUGCUGGAGCAGGAGAUGGUGUGGAUGAAGGAGCAUCUUUCCACGCUGGGAUCUCCUGUGGUGCUCUGUCACAAUGACCUGCUCUGCAAGAACAUCAUCCACAACAGCAAAGAGGGUCAUGUCCGCUUUAUCGACUACGAAUACUCCAGCUACAACUACCAGGCCUUUGACAUCGGAAACCACUUCAACGAAUUUGCAGGCAUGACGGAGCUGGACUACGGACUCUACCCCAGUCGGGACAUGCAGAUGGACUGGCUGAAAGAGUACCUGCAGGCCUACAAGUUCUUCUCCAAGAAGACGGAGGAGGUCAGCCAGCGAGAGCUGGAGACGCUCUACGUUCAGGUCAACAAGUUUGCUCUGGCUUCUCACUUCUUUUGGGGCUUCUGGGCGCUCAUCCAAGCCAAAUACUCCUCCAUCGACUUUGACUUCCUCGGGUACGCUGUGCUACGUUUCAACCAGUACUUCAACACCAAACCUGCAUUGAUGGCCCUGCAGAUCCCAGAAUGAGCCGCCAUGACAGGAGGGGAAGCUGCAGCGGGUGGGAUGCUGGGACUUCCUGCAGACUGGGACCGUUCUCUGAGCAGGGCGUUGCUGGAUGGCUGCUCGGUCCACCAUGCAUCUCUUCUCUGCAGCAAGCGCAAUUACACUUUUCAUUCCUUCAGACUUACCUCCACGUCCGUCACGACUCUAGCUCAGAAACUGCAGAACCUCCAGGUGUAUGUUUGACUGUCUUUAAUUUAUGUGGAUGAACCCGGGACGUUUGUCUUUUCCAGAAUGAGCUCCUCAGCCUGCGUUUGAAGGUCAGCAGAGACGACUCUGUAUGUUUGAUGCUGACACUUUGUCCAGAUUGCGUUCUGUGACUUACGCCUCCAGGAGCGUUAACCUGGUUUUACUGACACUGUGUGUGUGCAAUGAGACCAUUCUUCCCUCCGUCUGCUGACACUUCACCACUCGUAGCUCUGAUCUUCGUCACCUCUCCUCCUCUUCCAUCUUUGGUGCUAAGCGCUGGUAGCCGCCGUGUUUCUACACGAGCCACGGAUCAUUAGCGCGUCAGGUCCUCCGGGGAUGUCUUAGCUCUGGUUUUUCUCGGCUUUUCCUCAGUUGCUCUUCUGGUUUUCCCUCCUGUAGCAAACUGUUGCUGCUUCUGCUGCUGCUGGAAAUGCAGACGCUAUUUAUUCUGUGUGCCGAAGGAAAGACCUGAUGGACAGAAACCAAGUGUCUGCAGGUUCAAUCACUAUUGUGUUCUAGCAAUGAGUGAUAGCAUAGCGACGUGUAUUUAUUUAUGUAAAGAUGUUAUGGAAUAUUUACCAUCUCAGGUUAACGACUCCUUAUUUUGGGCUGCUUUGGAAAGCGAUGCGUGUUAAAUUGGGAGGAGGAUGGUGGUACCGUGUGACGUUAACUGGGUGAUUUUCUAGCUUCUUGACUUUUAUGGUGUGAGGGGAAAUGCAUCGCACUGCUAACUUUCCAUUUAACCUUUCCAGACCUCCUGGAAAAUCUCAGCUUCUGAUCCUCCUCCUGCUCACUUUCUCCUCACAUGUCUGGCUUUGACCUCCUCCUCGUUUCCCUCCAUCAUCUGAGGCCGAGCAGUGGCACCUCUUCUACAAGUCGGCCUCAUGCCGAUCAUUUCCCUUUCAGACAGAUUUUGUUUCAGGUGGUGAACAAAUCAUUUCUACGGUUGAAUCCACAGGACUGUGCAAAAGUCUUGAGCCUCAUUUCUUUCCAUAUUGGCAGGAAAACAGGAAAAGGUUUUUAUUAAAUGCAAAAUGAAGCAGGAACAACGUUUGAGUGAUCCUGAGAGUGAAUAUUUGUUCUGAGCAGCUUCAUUCUCCAUCAGUCAGAACCUCUUAGAGAAGCUUGCUGGAAUAGUUCUCCAGGCUUCCUGAAGCACUUUCCAAAGCUCUUCUUUGGAUGUUUCUGCCUCAUUCUGCAAGUUAAUGUCAUUAGAAACUAAACCCAUUAAAACCAAAUAUGUUAGAUGUCAGGCAUGGUGUCACAGAACAUGACAACAGUCGGAACGAGAGCUGCAUGAAGGCAAGAACAUUUAUAUCAUCGAACUGUUGGCAUUAUUUGCUCUGAGGCGGAUGCAAAUAUUUAGAAGUAUCGGCCAACGCAGAACACCUUGACUCCUGGUGAAACUCCUGAACAUGGCUUUGCAGCAUCUGCUGCACGUGUUGGAGGUUUUAUUUGUAUUAUUUGCAGCUUCUGUACACCUGGCUCCGCCUCCUCCACCUUCACCUGCCUCGCUGGUUGUUCCUCUGCCAGCUGCUGCAGGAACCUCGAUGUUGGCAUUUAUUCCUGUAGGGUCCAGUAUGUUGUAAGAUACAGAACAGGUCAUCACCAUGUAACGCAGAAUACUCCAUCUGAUUCAUUUGGAUGAAAAUUCACCCAGUUUGAGGGAAAAGUCAGGAACCAGUAAGGCUUUAUGGUUUUACUGGACAGAAUUAUUGAAUGUAGAAAUUUGGAACUGGUCAAAAUGACCUGAGCUGUUCUCCAGCCUGAUAAUAUCCAGAUAGUAACUUAACUGUGCAGUUAUUUCAGCUUGACUUGCAUCUGCGCUGAUCUCCCACAGAGAUGGAUGCAGCAGAAUGUCUGAUGUCUCGGCCCACAUGGUGUCUGAUAACGGCUUGAUUCGCCUCGUGUGCAUUUACAUUGAUGGAGCUGCAAUUAAUAACCAGUUUGAACUCUAACUGGAGUUUCACUCUUUGGGAAUCUUUUUAUUGGUCUUUAAACUGUGUGAUGUUUGGCAUUUUUCAUAGAUGUAACUAAAAAAAAAAAAGCAGGAUGCAAGUUCCAGUGUAAAGUAGCCAAAUUCAGUGUAGAUGCAGCCCUUCAGUUAGGAGCUGUUUAGUGCCUGGUUGAUUCAUGAGUAACAGGGAGGGAAGAAAGAAGACACUAACCGGACCGUAAAUGAGUGAAAAGGUAAAAAGAUCCUCAGAAUGCCUAAAAAACUGUUAAGACUACUUAGAACGAUCAGAAAGUCAGACUGCUUGGAAGCAAAAUAUGAAGAAAUGAAUGAUGGCUCAAGACUUUAUAGAAAAAAAUAUAUUUCCAGGAUUUGUUCAACGCUGCAGAAGCACCAGUCAAACUAUUCAUGUCGGUUUGUCCUCCUUUGCCUCAGAGAUGGAAGCACAGAAGGUGUUUGUCUUCAGCAGAACCUGGAGCUAACCCAAAAUUUCACAGGUUUUAAAGACUGAACAAGUCUGUUCUGAGUUUUAAUCAAACUUCAAACUGUGCUGAAUUCCAGACGGUGGAGUUGGUGUUUUCAGGCCAGUAGAGAUCAUCCUCCAUCAUCUCGGGCCGAAGCCUCGAACCACAAUGCUGUUUAUGCCCCUGACAGACAUCCAGGCUGCAACCAGACCCACUGAUGCAGCUAAAUGUUGCUGCAUGAGUGUUUCUGAUUGCUCCUGGAUCGGAUCCUGAAAUGAUCCAGUGAAGUGAUGUCUUCUCUAUCAGCCGCUCUCCUCAGAUUAUUUACUCCCUCAUAAGCCCAGAGGGGGGCGCCAGAGAGCCCUGACCUUUGUCCUGCUUUGCUGGUGUCAUGUAACUGACGGGGCUUAAUAAUUGAGCAGGUGAGUGUCGGCCUGUCAGAGCAUUAACUGAUGCUAAUGGCUUUCAUUCAGGGCAGUUAACCUCAGAAGCUAUGAGGGGGAUGUGUGGGUGCUUUUUAUCUCAGAAAGGCAGGAUAACUGGGACUCGGUUACCCAGACAAACACUAACUCACACUGAUGGCACAUAUUUGGAAGCAGGAAGAAGUGAGAUUGACUCGAAGAAAGCACACUUUUAAUUUUAGAGAAGCCAUCAGGUCCGAGUUUAGAGGGUCGGGUAGUCUGCUUGUAGACUUCUAGAGGCCAAAUUAGUGAAGUUGCUGCUUGAACGCACAAUUCCAGUCCGGUUAGAAGUGACCCAGGACACAUCAGGCUUCUGUUUGCUCAUCAGAAGAGACCCAGGGGGGUCGGCAGAUCCUUCAAAGAAAACACGACUCGGUUUGAACUGAUGCUGUAGGGUCAGUGAUCUGAAAACUCGUUCCCCACAGAACCCAGGUUCUCCUAAAACACUCCGUUAGCUGAGGUUCGGACCGUUGGUCACCUUCACCCACACUUUGCUGCCAAAACGUCUCAGUCUUCAGUCUCAGGGCGGAUGUAUGGAGGGCGAAAAGUGCCACAAUGUGCCACAUAAAUACAGCGUUGAAUAAUUAAAUGUCAAUUUAUUAAAGCUGAAAAUAAACACAUUAUAAAUAUUGCUGGUAAUUAAGUGAUAUUGAAAAAUAUAAUCACACAUAGUUAAUAAAAUUUGGAAAUAGAUUUAUAACUAUAAGUAAUUUAACUUAGAAAAACUGAUGUUAAAACAACGCAGGAAACAUAAUUAAACUCUCCUGAGCUCAUCAGCAGAUGGUCUGACUAGUUACCCUGCUCCACACGUCUACAAAUUGGUCCCAAAUAAAAUUACAAAUAUUUUAUUAAUCCUAGAGGGAAAUAAAGUAACGGGA